AUGUUACAGCUGACAUUGUGGCCUGCGGAUGAUGAGCGUCGCAGCCGCCGUAGCCGUCGUGAGGUUACUUCACCCGAGUCGCAGUACCUCGUCGACCUGUCAAUUGCCGAGGACCAGCUGGAGUUUCUGGCAGUCGGCCGCGAGGCCAUCUGGCGCACAACUCCUUCGACCUCGCAGGUUGGCAAUGACACGCACAAUGAGCCCUAUACGGUUCCGGCUACGGAUGCACAGUAUGCCACAAGCAACAUUGGCAUGCCUGCCAUCAGUGCUUCCGGGUUGAAGCCUGUCUGGCGUGUUACCUUUGAUGCACCGGCUGUCGUACAUCGAGUCGAGCUCUCCAUUCCGACUGUGUACAUGGAUGAGCAUCCAGCGCACUACGCUGAGGUGUUUGAUAUUGUCCUGUACAAUUCUGCCGACCUGCCGCUUCGUUCGACUCGCGUCUUUGGCCAACGCACACACAUCUGGGCGAAUGUGGAUGCCACCCAGGCCGCUUACCUGGAGAUUCAGGGCGUCUCUGAUCGUGCUGUGCAGCUCGCACUUGAUCGCGUCCGUGUCAUUGGCGGCUUUGAGCGCGAUUGUCUCCCUCUUGUGUCGUUUGAUCUGGCAUAUCUUGCCAACGACAUUCGCUUGGCUGGCGAGGUGGUCCACGUCUCGAAUGCAUCACUGGGCGCUUCCGUUUUGGCCUCCAGUCCACAGAAUUACCUGGUGUACUCGGUGCUUUCUGACUGGCACCCAGCUAGUACGAGCUCACUGCCGCAGCUCAAUUCAGCCGCCAUCGCACAGCUCGACAUCACCAACAGCGACAACCAGCAGCGGGUUGUCAUGGAUGCAUCCUUUGAGUCCGCACUCGAUGAUUUGGUGGCUUCGUGGCUGAAUGGUGAUCUUGCCAACAACGGACUAGCUCUCCGCCUCGACCUGGACCAAGUCGGUAAAGCGAGUUUCGACCGUGACGAGUUCACUCUGUCGUUCAACCUGCGACGCUUCCUUUGGCGUAACACUUCGUUGAGCGACUGUUCUGCGCGAUGCGGCGCAGGUGUUCAACAUGCAACCAUUCAAUGCUAUGAGCGCACCCACAGCGACAACGGACAGCCUCAAUACAUUGUCGUGGACGAUUCGUUCUGUCGGUCCAGCACUCGCCCGCCCGCAACAGUUGCAUGCGAUGCUUUCGAUUGUGACUACGAGUAUCGACAGCUCUGUGGCAAUUGUCUUUGCACUGAAACCUCGUGCCAGUUUUCCGAGGCGCGGCAAUCGACGCUUCAAUGCUUGCACAACACUGGCAGUAGCGGCUCGGAAGUUCCAGUUUCGGCGUCUCUCUGUGAGAUGCACGGUCUGCAGAUGCCAAACUCCACAACCUGCCCGAGCUGCAACUGCACUUCUGGAUGUGAGCUCAAGUGGGAAGUGUCGACGUGGUCAUCCUGUGAACCUGCGUGCGGCGCUGGCACUCGCACUCGUAACAUCACCUGUACUCGCCGCGAUCCAUCCCAUCCGCCGCAUUUCUGGCCCACUGCAACUCCAUCCGAAUGUGCACGUCUUUCUGAUCCUCCGAGUGCCCUCGAGUCGUGCUACUCGCGUGAUGGCUGCUCGAACGGCAAUGUCAACACAGGCCUCGAUCCAUCUGCUGCCGUUUGGCCAAUUCUCGCCAAGACCCGCAUCCUCGAACUCAACAGCACAAUCUCGCGUGUUGAAUCCUUGAUCCAACUAGGCGAGCCGCACCUCUCCGCCGAGUUGCUUGUUGCGCAAAUUGCUCGCGACACGCUGUCAGCGCGUUUCGAGAGCCAAGUUGUCGACUCACGCACAAGCAUGGACUUGGCCAAGCUGUCCGUCGAACUCGAGGUGGUCGAUCUGCAAAACGAGCUGUCUGCGUCCCACACUCGCCAAGAGUCCGAUCUGCCGACCAAAACGGUUGCUCUCGAGCAGCUGGAGCUGGACGCUCGUAUGGCAUCUGCACGAGCGACAAUCAACAUGCCUGGGAGUGGCGUGACGUCGUACAAGAACAUUGGCAUGCUCGGAUUCGGAUACCACAUCUUCAAGGGCAACCCUCUUCCGUCGUCCGGUGUCGAUCCCGGGUUCACCUUGCCUGUCCUCAAGGUGGAUUACUCGAUGCGUCGCAUGACCGCUGAUGGCAGCACGAUGCUUCCUGACCGCGUCGCCGUCAUUCCGUACGCUUCCGCGCAGUUUGACAGUCGUUCCCACCUCGUAACGACCUCGUCGGAGUACGCAGAAAGCUUGGAAGUGGACGUGUCCAUCGAAACCUCCUUCUCGUUCAGUGCUCUCGUUGAAGGUGGAGGUGCCAAGUUUUCGGCGUCGAACGACUACAAGCAGGCCUCAGAGAUGCAUCAGUCGUCCGAAUCUGUUUCAAUCACCACCAUUGGCACCGUCUUGACAUAUGUGGCAGAGUUCCUGGAUGACACGCCUCCGCUCGCCGACCAUGUCAUUGAGAUGUUCAACGCGCUCCCGCCGCCCGCGUGCUGUGAUGGUCUUGUGCUUCCCUCGCACGCUGGAGUGAGCAAGGAUCGUUCGGCGUGCACCGCAAUCCAUGCAAACUGUGGCGACCUUUACCUUCGGUUUUUGGACAAGGUGGGGACCCACACCCUCAUCGGCGUCCACAUGGGCGGGAAGUCCAUUCGAGUGUACACCAUGGCACAAACCGAGUUUGAGUCGAGCGUGGAACAGUCGGAUGCGUUCAAGUCAUCAUUGUCGCUUUCGUCUUCUGGAAUCGAGUCGAGCUCCAUCGACACGUCCUUGAGCAUCAACAAGCAAAGCUCCCUUAAGCAAGCCGUCAAGGAUCGCACCGAGUCCCGCCGCGAGACGUUCAUGGGUGGUGACCCAACCGCAGGCACAAAUGAUCCGGAAGACCCCACAAACAUGGACGGUGACAAGGAGUGGAGCACGACGGUGUCGAAGAAUCCAGUUCCGAUCAAGUACAAGUUGGUGCCCGUGCUGCAGGUGCUGGCUGUCUCGCGUUUGUCCAAUGGCACCAACCAGGAGCUUGUCGGCUUGAAGCUCGACCUUUUGACCCGUUUUUACCUGCAAGUGUGCGCAAACACACCUGGUGCUGACUGCGAAGUCCCGGCCAAGGCGGACGAGGUGGGAGUGCACUUUGGCGACUAUGUCACCCUCUCUCAAGUCAUCUCGGCAAGCAAUCACAUGGUCAUGGCAGAGGACCCCAAGCAAGGCAGGCUGAUUGCUCGUCAGGUGCCAGCGUCGAACGAGGACGUGGCAGACACGCACAUGGACAUUGUCAACCUUCCUGAUGGCGUUGUCUGCUCGUCGUGUGGUGAUUCAAGCCGCUACUUUAAUGGAGAAGCUUGUACAAUGUGCAAGAAUCCACACACGACUUGUGCACCAGUCCAGCACGAGUCGUGGUCCGAGGUCAUCCAAUCUGCAAACCGUGCGAGCGACAACGGACCGGCUGGCAUCUAUCAGGUCAAGGGCGUCUCUUUCGCCCAGUGUAAGCAAGCGUGCAUGGAGCGUCCCUCAUGCAAGGCCGGCGUCUACUUGACCAAUGCAGCCCAUGUGGACCGCGCGGUCGAAUGUAACCUGUUCGGCGAUCACCCUGAGAACGCGUUUGUUCGGCGCGGUGGUGAGCAUGACGACAACUGUGAAGAAUGA